CAUCCCUCCCGGGGCGAGCGGCUUCUGCUCGACGGCUCCUGCAGAGAAGUGUUGGGGCCAGGGGGCUCUGCCAGGAGCGGAGGGGUCCCCGUGGGAACUCUGGAAACUCUGCGGCACCGUCCUCACCCCAAGUCUGGGGGCUCCGAGGCGAGAGUCUGGAGGGGAUCAGGGGUUUGCAGCUAUUCCGUGUGUUCUCCGGCUGUUUUGUGGCAGACGAAGGCUGCACCGAGCCUCUUCCCAACAGGUUGAUUAACAGUGUCAUUAAGGCAAAUAUCUGAAAUUAGCAGGAGCGAGUUGCUCCCCAUCUGUGGGUCGGGACAGACGUCGCACGGGAGCUCUGGGAGCUCAGGUGAGGAGGGGAACGGGGCACGGAGCUCCCGCUCCCCCUGCGGGAGGCUCCUCCUGCACCCCGGGCGGCACCAGGACAGGUGUGGGAGAGGAGGAGGAUGCUGCGGCUGCCCACAGGUGCGAUGGGUGCUGUGGAGGGAGGUGCCGAGGAGAAGCUCCCGGAAGCAGAGCUGUGAUGCUCCAAAUGUCGGGGCUGUCGUUUCCUCGGGUUUUUCUGCCGCAGAGCGUUCCUGGCUUGCUCCUGUGGCAGUGGCAGGGCACAGGCAGCUGUGAUGGGGCAUCCUGAGGUGCUUCCUGGAAAGUCUGGCUGUGUGGCUGCACACGAGGCCUCUGAGCCAGCCGUGGCUGCAGAGGGGACCGGGUGCUGCAUGGACAGUGCCCUGCACCUCCUGCCUCUCCCUGGGGAGCACUUCCCUUUAUCCCAGGCAGGCGAGGGGGUUUUGCUGUAAAUCUUCUGUAGCGCAAUUGCUUGCCAUGCCAUGAGUCAGGUAAGGGGUGCCUUUUUUUGUGGGAUAUUGUGACUGAAAAAGCUGGCAUGCCAGUUGCUUCAGAGGUAGGAAAGAGUCCUGGAAGUCUCAGAUACACUUCACUAGAAAGCUGAGAAUUUCUGGCCCUCCUGGAUUUCCUGAGCAGUGCCCCACAUGUUAGCACAGCUGGAGAUGCUACUUUUAUCAUUUUCCUAUGGGAAAGUGCAGUUCUUGGUGGCUCCAAAGAGAGAUCAUUUGUCUUGUGUGGGCAGUGGGAUGUGAGGGGACAGGAAUCCGGCUGACUUGGUGCAGAGUGUGGGGCAAUCCAAAUCUCCUCUGCCCAGAGGUUUGUGCAUCCCCAGGCGCAGCCUGAGGUCAGUGUGCACAGAAGGGCUGAGCUGGUUUGUGCUCUCCCAGAUGAGCCCAUGGUAAUGAAGGGUGGUGGGACAUGGAGACUUCCAAGAGGUGUCCCAUGGGGCUUGGGUCUUGUCUCUGUGCUGCCUGUGGCACGUUCUGCUUCUUCCUCAUCUGUCUCCUAAGCAGAAAUCUCUAGACCUUUGCUGUCAGCAGAGAAGGGUCUAUGAGGUUUGGUCUGAACGUGUUGGUAUGGUUGAAGGUACCUGGGGAUCGGCUUUCCACGUGCUUCCCCACCAUAAAAAUAACCCCACAAAAAGCAGUGAGACCUGAAGUGCCCACAGAAACCCUUGCACUGUUGUUGGUCUAAAACAGCCUCUCCCCUUGCAGCAGCAUGGUCCCCAUGAGCCAAGCCCCGAUAUCUGUCCCUGCAAUGCUGGUGAUAAAAUGAGAUCCUGACAGCAGGUUGAUUUGUUUUCUGCCUCCUCUACCUCUGCAGCUGCACCCCAGCUCUUGCACAACCCUCGCCUCCCCGGGCCCCACUCCACUGCAGCUCAAAAAUAGUAUUUCCUCCUUUUUUGCAUGAGUUCUUUUAUUUGUGUAGCUCUGCUUCUGGCACCUGUGUGAUCACCACUCUCCUGCCAGACAAACCACACCGGGUUCACUCACAUCCUUUGGGUAACGGCUGCUCUCAUCGCUGCCCUCCUGCUCUGCCCGGGCAGGGGGACCUGUCCUGCCCACCCCGGGCUGGAGGUGCUGACAGGAUUCCCACUGCAGCCAAGGGGCCUCCAAGGAGACUCCCUGGGAGGGGUCAGUGCUGCGGAGGGUCCGUGCCCUGGCAGAGCUGGGGACACAGUGUGGCCCUGCCGUGAUGGGUCAUUGUUUUCCCUGCUGACUCGACAUCCUGGCUGCACAGAUUUUCUGCUGGAGUUGCAGAUUGUUCCCUGUUUCCUGGGAGUGUGCUCAGGCUCUCUCUAGCACACUGCUUUGGGAUUGUUUUGUGCCACAGUUCUCAGGGAUCUGGUGUCUCAUGUCAGACCCUUUGUGGCUACGUUGUCCUCUCUCGUGGGGUUUGGUGGCUCCUGGGAGUGAUGGGUUGGUGAGUUGUCCCUUCCACCUCCCUCUGGAGAGCUCAGCUCUGGCCGAGUGACUGCGCUGGCACCCUGGAACUUCUGUCUGGGAUGGGUUGGGUGGCCACAGAUGCGGGAGCAGCUCCCUGGGGAGCAGCUGCCCACCUCUCCCUGCCUGCCCCGCGCCGCAGGGUGAUGCCAGAAGGAGCCCGGCAUGCCGUACCUGGAUCGACAGAACCGGAUCUGCGGCUUCCUGGACAUCGAAGAAAAUGAGACCUGUGGCAAGUUUCUGCGGAGGUAUUUCAUCCUGGACACCCAGGCCAACCACCUGCUGUGGUACAUGGACAAUCCUCAGAACCUGGCCAUUGGAGCAGGUGCUGUCGGAUCUCUGCAGCUGACCUACAUCUCCAAGGUUAGCGUUGCCACCCCGAAACAGAAGCCUAAAACUCCAUUCUGCUUUGUUAUCAACGCUCUGUCCCAGCGCUAUUUCUUGCAAGCCAGUGACCAGAAGGACCUGCAGGACUGGGUGGAGGCACUGAACAGGGCCAGUAAGAUCACGGUACCAAAGGGUGGCAGUGUCCCACCGGCCACGGAAAUCACGAAGCCUUCUGUGGUGGCCCAGGCACAGGAGAGGAAGCCCCAGGUGGCCUACAAAACCGAGAUCGUUGCAGGAGUAGUGGUGCACACACCCAUCUCUAUCAACCAGGAUGGCGGGGAGGGCAGCGAGGUGGCCGUGCAUCCUCUGCUGCGGCGCUCGCAGAGCUACAUCCCCCCCUCGGCUGCCAGGCCGCCCGCCGGGCCACCUGUGCUCAAGAGCGGCUUCUGCGUCAAACAGGGCAACGUGAGGAAGAGCUGGAAGCGGCGGUACUUUGUUCUGGAUGAGUUUUCCAUCAGUUACUACAAGUGUGAGCAGGACAAGGAGCCUUUGCGUUCGAUUCUCUUGAAAGAUGUUUGCAAAACCCACGAGUGCCUGGUCAAGUCUGGUGACCUCCUGAUGCGAGACAACCUCUUUGAAAUCAUAACGGGCUCCAGGACCUUCUACAUCCAGGCAGACAGCCCCGAGGACAUGCACAGCUGGAUCCGGGCGAUCACAGGGGCAGUGCAGGCCCUGAAAACCCGCCCCAGGGAGAUGUCCUUUGUGAGAUCCAGCUCCAUGGCCAGGCCCGGGGGCUCCUCGGGCCCCUCUCAGCCGCGGCCGUCGGCAGAGGAGCGGAGAGCCCUGUGCAAGGCACCGUCCAGCAGCUCCUGGCAGCCCUGGACACCGGUGCCAGCGGCUGAGGGGCAGCGGCCGGCGCUGGGGGAGCUGCCAGCCCCGCUCAGGGACUCGGCCACGCGUGGCACACGCCUGCGCCACCGCUCCGAGCCGCAGCAGCUCAAGGGGAAGCCGUUUGCCUUUGACCUGGACGAUGAAAGUAUCCGGACCUCCGACGUCUGAGCGGGCACCGAGCCACCGCCGGCUCCACCUGCUUGGCUGCGGGGAUCCCUGGGGGCGCUUCGGGGUGUGUGAGGUGGUCCCUUCCCUCCACCACAGCCCUUCCUGAAGUUCAGGAUCCACCUGGAGCCACAUCCCCUUCCCUGCUCUGCAGGGAGCGGGGUCCCUGGCUGCUCCUGCCCACACUUGGCCCCGUUGGUUCCAUGUCUUGGACGGUGCUUCUGGGCACUGCCGGGACUCACUGUGCAGAGCAGGAGAUGCUUGGGACCUGUAUGAGGAGACAUCUUCUGCAAUUGCAUCAUUUCCCCCACAAACCAGGUCUGGAUGAAGUGGCAGAAGGUCUUGGAGGCAUGAGGAGGGGGAGUGUAGCCUUUCUUGUGUUUGUAAAAUGUUUCUCUCCCCCUCGAGGCUGCUCAGAUUCCCCAGGGCAGAGCUGGGAGACACCAGCCUGCAGCUGCCCACUCGGGGACUCACUGCCCCUUCCCCUUACAACGACUUAAUCCCUCAGAGAGCAGCUCUUCCCUCUGCCCACACAAGGGUUUAUCAGCAAUCUGCUGGCUUUUGAUUAAGUCUUUUUAUACCUGUGGUUCCUGUUGAACCCCAGCCUGGGCAGGUGCUCAGCCCCUCCAAAGGCUUUUGGUGCUUCCUGAGCACGAGCCAGGGCAGGUAGCCGGAGCCACAGUGGUUCCCACUGUCCAUCCUCAGGUACGGUGUCAGUUUUGCACUGCACACACCUGGGCACAGAGAGCUGUGCCAGGUGGUGAAGGGUUUUUAGUAAAAUCAAGGAAUACCGAGCACCUGAUGGAACUGGGCAGACUUGUCCAGCCAACUCACCCACUGCCUGCCCGAGAUGGAAACCAGCAGGAGUUUCUAGAGCAAUGUGAAUCGUCAUUUCCAUAACCAAAUUAGCUCCUGUAGGUGUGAUAAACAGUAUGUGGAAAAUCCAGGUGUUCCCUCAGCAGAGAGAUCAUCUGAUACCUUCACCCCACGAGUGUGUGCAAUCCCUGAGCGAGAACUCAGCUUCCCUUUCACUUCCCUGGCCAUGACACAUCCUCUGCUCUGCAGGCUCAGCCCAGUGUGUUCCCCAGGAGCAGAACAUCUGGUUUGUCCUGGCCCUUUUGGGGCCUCCAGCUGUUUGACAGCUGUGCCUCAUCCUCAGCCUGAGCCUUGAUUAGCCUGACUGACCUUAAUGCAGUCCCAGUGGUUCCUCCUGCUUCAGUCCCCUGUGGGGCCAGCAGGGCUGCUGCAGGAUGGGCACAGUGGAGCUUCGUGCAGCUGGGGAGGCAGGAAUGGGGUCCCCCAAGUCCAGGGGGAAGGGGGUCUCAAAGGGAUUGUGUGGAGGCUCUGGAGAACACAGAGACCAGGAAAAUGAGUGGGAAUCAAUGCAAAUGGUACAAGGUGAGUGUUAGUAUUAUUUAAUUGUAGCUACCUAGAUCCUGCUGUUCCUUUUCUGCUCCUUUUUUCUUUAUUUGCACUGGAGUUUGAAACUUUCAUUUUUUUAGGCUGACUUGCUGUUUGGCUCCUAACACUGUUUUAAGAAUGUUUUAGUAGUUUGGUAAGCCCAUCCAUCAGAGUCACAGCAUUAGGUAACAGUGUUCUGAUCUUGGUUUUGCAGAGCAGGGAAUGCAGAGGGAUGAUGGUUCCUUUGUGCAAGGCUUUGGAACCACAGACUCCCGAGUAUUCCUGGUGCUUGAUAAUUGCACAGUUUCUUCAGGCCUGGGAAGGUAAAGCAGAGGCUGGUUGCACAAUUAAGGUUAAUUAUCCAGGAGCAGAAACUACCAGUGGCUCCAGCACUAUUGCAACAUUCCUCUUGCUCAUUCCCACCCUCCUGCAUCCCAGCACAGCAUAGAGGUUGAAUGUGAGGUUCAGACAAGUGUGGAGCUCAGCUGGGCUCCAGAGCCCUCCGUGCUGUUGGGAGAGAGGGAUUUCCCUCCCGUUCCAAAGGUGUGGGUGGAUGCAGCCAGAUCUUGAUGGAGCUUUGUGGUUAUUUUAAAGAAACUGGUUUUCCCUCAGCUCUGCAUUCACUCCUGGCUCAGGCGUGGGAUGGACGCGUCCCCCCGGAGCUGCUCCCUCCUGAAGCGCGUGCUGUGGGGCUCUGCUGGGGGUGCUGCAGGUUCGGGGUGCCUGGCAGGGCCAGGGUGGUGGGAGACAGGGGUUUGCUAUUCUCAUGUGGUUCCAGAUGUUUGGAAGGUGCUGGCUGGGGAUUUCAAGUGCUCUUAGGGCUGGGGCCCUCACAGGCAAUUCUCCGUGACUCCCGGGGUGGGGGCUACCUGCCUCCCAUGCCUCGCCUGUAAAUGCUGCAAUGCCCUUUCUCCCCUGUGUUUUUAAAUAAAGAAGGAAAUCCUAAUUACUUUCCCAAGCUGUCUAUUUGCACUGUGUAUUUUGGGUAAGGGGUGCCAGGAGCACUGAAUGCUGUCCCCCCAGGCUGGGGAAUUGUGCAGCAGUUGGGGGGAUCCCAGGAGCAGGGGUGGGUGCUUCCCCCUGCUCACGAUGCCGCUGCCCUGCACAGGGGAUGGGCUCUGUGCUGGGGUAACAGUGUACAGUGAGGGCAGGGACAUCACAGCUCUUUCUGGACCAAGGUGCCAGAUGUUCUUUGGGGAGGAGGGAAGCUGCUGGACCAAGGUCCUGCUGUGAGCUGGCAGUGGGGGGCUGGAGACACGGGAGCUGUUAAUGACCAGUGGUCUUUUGCACACGGGAUUAUUAUAUUUUUCCUUUCUAGGUCACUGCAGAAUUUUUUCCCCUCCACAGACUUUCCAGCCCUGUUGUAUUUUCAGGACAAAUUUGCCCCCCACGCCCCAGAUGAAGCUGCCAAGCUGGGAGUGUGUGUUUGCUGUUUUAUCUCAAAUGUGACCAGACAUUUGCAUAUACAGAUUUUUUGUCUGGCUGUGCUGGGGACUUGUCACAGCUUCCUUUUCCCAUUUUAUUCAGCUUGUUAAGUUUUUAACCUGCAGCUGUGGGGCUUCCUCUUUCGGGUGUGAGGUUCUUGCACCCUUUGGGUGCUGUAGGUGCCCUGUUCUGGGGCUGGAGACAGAGGGGUGUCUGGCACACACACAGGAGCUGCCUCUUGGCACCUCUGGCCCUUUCCCAGCUCCCUGACCGCUCCCAGAUGUCAGGUGGCCUAUGACCCCAAGGUAACCAGGGCUCAGGACUUGUCUAAUGGGCUGGCUGGGGAACUCAGGGCUAGACCGUGACCCUGUGGCCUCAUUCUCAUCUGUGGCUGAGACUCUACUAAUCCUCAAAGUACAUGGAGUCACCUUCCAGAUUUUAUUCAUGUUUGUUUGAUGCCCUGUGUUUGCAAGCUCUUAAGCUGUCACUAUUUGCAGUGGGAAGCCAGAUUAUU